AUGGAAGUGCCGAGCGUCAAGGACUUCCACUGGAAGAGCCUGGCGCCGCUGCCCCGCCGCCGCGUCUACUGCGCCCUGCUGGAGAGCGGGGGGCAGGUGUACGCCAUCGGGGGCUGCGACGACGGCGGCGUCCCCGUGGACUGCUUUGAAGUCUACUCGCCCGAGGCCGACCGCUGGACCGCCCUGCCGCCCCUGCCCACCGCCCGCGCCGGCGUGGCCGUCACCGCCCUGGGGAAGCGCAUCAUGGUGAUCGGGGGCGUGGGCACCAACCAGCUGCCCCUGAAGGUCGUGGAGAUGUACCACAUCGACGAGGGCAAGUGGAAGAAGAGGAGCACGCUGCGAGAGGCGGCCAUGGGCAUCUCGGUCACGGCCAAAG